AUGAAUGAGGCGAACGAACCUAGGCGACGCCGGAGGCAUAGAAUCGAUGCGCCCCAAGCAGUCACAGCAUUGAAGCCUCCGGCCGCGGGCGCAUUCAGAGGCACCCCGACUACUCAAUGGUCCGAAUGGGUUCUCCAUGCCUCGGCAUCGUACUACUACCGAGCGCGUUACAUCUCUUACGAGGAGAUGGUGAGGGUGAUACCCGACGGCAGAAACUCGAUCGUCUCGGACAAUGUCGGCGGACACAUCCACUACCAGUUCAUGGGCUUCAACGACGCAAUGAUGCGCAACCACUACACCACACCAACACAGACUCCGGAGCUGUCGACGUGCUCAGGGACAACGCCCACGACCGCUGAGGCCUUGCCGUUCCAACCACUCCCGAGGAUCCAGUACAAGGAGCGCGACUACAUCUCAGGGCCGCCGCCCGCUAUUGAAGACGGCAAGAUGCUGAUGAGCGGUGCGCUGUUACCGCCCAAGCCUGACAACACGUACGGAAAAGCCCUCGUGGCGUCGAAACCAAGAAUAUCAAGACGCAAGCACCAACAGCAGCAGCAUCAACAACAACCUGCCGUGCCAAAGAAGAAGGAGAGGAAGAAGUUGGAGGUGGAUAAGAGGCAGAUGAAUUCGAAUGUCAAGGUGAGCAAGUGGCUAGAUUCCUUGUAA